GUGAGCGUCCCCUGUCAUAAUUCUCCAUCUUGCCAUGCCAUCUUACAACGUACUCAUUGUGGGUGCCGGUGUAGCAGGCCCAGCCCUUGCCUAUGCCCUUGCUACAAAGACAUAUGAGAAGCGUGAUGUUCCUCUGCGGAUAGCUCUACUUGAGCGUUCCUUAUCGAAGCCAGACCGUAUCAUUGCCGAAUUUCUCCAGCCUGGCGGCGUUACCGCCCUCAAGAAGCUUGGUCUGGAGUCGUGCCUCGGGGAACUUGGCUCUAUUUCUUUGUCAGGUUAUCACGUUCUCCGAGGUGGGCAGAGCAUUUGCUCCUCAUUCCCUGAAGGCCAUGUCGCGGAAACUUUCGACCAUGGGGCAUUUAUCAUGGCCUUGCGUGACCGCGCACGCCGAGCGCCCAAUAUUGACGUGAUUGAAACCACAGUAACCAGUCUCAUCGAGAACAAGGAUACACAUCGCGUAAUAGGUGUUCUCGCCUCCAAAGCGGGCGGUCAGCCACAGUCAUACUUUGCUGACCUCGUCGUUCUCGCGGACGGCUCCUCAUCCAAGUUCAGAACUGCUGUCCUCGGGAACAUGCCGUAUGAGCCUUUGCAAGGGGGUUACUUCGCAGGUCUGAUUGUGAAAGACCUGAAGCUGCUGAUGCCCGAGUAUGCCACUAUGGCUGUACUGAAAGGCGCUGGACCAGUCAUCAUUUUUGAGCUCCCCGACAACACGCAUCGGGUACUGAUCGAAUUGAAGCGGCCGCCGCCAGACAUCAAGGAGCAUAUAAUACACGACAUUAUUCCUCAGCUUCCAUCAUCGGCACGCGCACCCAUUCUCAAUGCUCUGGAAACGUCGCGUGUGCGACGAGUCCCGCAUUAUUAUCUUCCGCCUACAAAGCAGGGAGGAUCUAGCAAGGCAGGCGCGUUUCUACUGGGAGAUUCAUUAAAUGUGCGCCACCCGCUGACUGCGGGUGGAAUGACGGUCGCCCUGAAUGAUGUAGUCAUUAUUUCUGAUCUUCUGGCCCAUAUCGAGAACUUUGGCAACUGGGAUGAAAUCUCGGCCGUCCUCCGAAAGUGGCACCACAUGAGAAAAUCACUCGCACACAUUAUCAAUGUCAUGAGCAUGGGUUGGGCUGGCAUAUUCGCGGCCGAAGGCGAGGCGUUUGACAUUAUGCAGGAAGGAGCAUUCAAGUAUUUCGGGAAAGGUGCCGAGUAUGCCGAUGAACCCAUGUCAUUAGCAGCUGGGAUCACCCAUUCUCCAUUAUUGCUGGCACGCAAUUCCCUUGCCAUUGUGAUAUAUUCCAUUUGGGUGUUGUUCACCCAUCCCCGACCUGGAAAUAAAUCUGCUCCGCAAUUUUACGAAUACCCAUUGCUUUUUAUUAAAGCACUGAACGUCAUAUGGACUAUAGGCAUGGUGAUGGGGCCUGUGAUGUGGGCAGAAAUGUGAUCCCCUUGCGACCUAUACAGCAUAGGUGUAUGAAGUGUAACAUAUUAGCGUCCAACUUCUUGGAUUGAUGGGUGUAAAGACCUCCAAUAUUAUGCCUCAUGCACUGCGU